CUUUAAACCAACCGAUUUAACCACAAGAGCUAGCUACUUGGUAGUUGCAAGGCAGAGAUCACCACCAAAAAAUUCCCACACAGACAUGUCGAGAUCCUUAGCUCUCGUUUACUUAUCCAUACUUUUCCUUCAGACCCAUCUCUCGAUCUCCGUCGAGGUUCCUACUUCGUCGGUGAACCGAGAAAUAGACGCAAUGCCUGACCGGAACGGUGUAGUCGGGGAAGAAGGACAGGAGAUGAUGCCGUCGGAGAUAAGCCGAAGAGUAAUGAUGAUGCGGAAACAGUACAUAAGCUACGCAACGCUAAGGAGAGACAUGGUUCCUUGUCAGAAGCCAGGCUCUUCGUACUAUGCUUGUCGCUCAGGACAAGCCAAUUCUUACAGCAGAGGAUGCAACAUCAUUACCAGGUGUGCUAGAGACACUAACGACAUCAAGACCUGAAACAUUUUUUAUCCACUUUUCUAAUGAGUUUGAAAUGCUGUCUCCGUUGCUCAAAAAGAAAAAAAAAAGAAAAAAGAAAUGCUGUGUCUGCAAGGAUGAUGCAAAUAAACUCUUUAAUCUGUUUUGUAAUGUUGUUGUUUACAGUAGAAGACGGUUAAUAUAGUUGUUAUGUAAUCAUUGUUGGAAUAUUGAUAUAUAUAUAUAUAUAUAUUGUUGGAA